AUGAUUGUGACGGUAUUUGAUAUAAAUAAAUAUGCUUUAAUGCCACAUCAAACACAUGCAAUUAUCUCUAAAAGAGAAGGUGAAAUGAUAACCAACACUAUUACAUCUAUGUUAGAGGAUUCAUAUUGCAUGGAUUUUGAAACUUUAAACUAUAUGACCAGAUUUUAUACAAUGGACGAUUUUGGUAAACUCAUAUUUAAAAGAAAUCAACACAAUAGAUGUGGAUAUCCAUUAUGUAAACAGCUGUUAUCAAAUACAUCUAUAGGAUUAAAUAAUUGUGGGUCCUUGGAUAGUUAUUGUGACGAAUCACAUUAUGAUUAUACUAAUUUUAUUAUCUCACAAUUAUACGACAUACCAAUCUAUAAAAGAGGCGGUAUACAUUUGAUAAACAGAUAUGAUUUAAAUAAAGUGAAUAGAGAGAAUGACUUUUUUCAAAUAAAGCUAUUGGAAGAAAUUUUACAGGAGAAAAAUACAGAAUAUGAUUUGGAUAAAAUGACUGAUGAGCUAAACAAUUUUGAAUUGAAACUUUGA